AAAUUUUGAGAUUCAUUUCAUCUAAUAUCUUUCAAUAUGGAGGUUACAUAUUGUUGGGGUGUGCUAGUGAUGUGGGUUGGUGAGUUAGCAGUGGAGAUGAUGUGGAGGCUGAGUAGGAUGCCACCUAUGAGUGAUGAGGAAAAUCCUUUUGGCAGCACCUAUUUCACGUGCAAGAGGCUACGUGCCACAAGCUGUCUCAUUCUGUCUAGUGAUUUUGAACCCAAAUCCGAGGCGCGACAGAUGUCGUGCACUCGUGAGACGGGUCCCACAAGUGCACAAGGCUCGGAACUUAUCCAAAUCACAUCUGACAAUCCAAACUCAGAUCAGAUAUUUCAAAAUUAAUUCCCUAUAUCCAAACACGACUUAACCUCAAAAUCUCUAGAUCAAAUCUCUUAUAAAUUAACUAUCCACUAAAUGAAUUUACAAUCUCCAAUUAAAAUCUCGCUUACAAGAUCAUCAUUUAUAUCUAAAAUCCAUAUUCAAUUUACACGAUGGCUAGCCUUCUAACUCGUCACUCCCCUCGGUUUCCCCGUCCUC